AUGAACCAUAGCGAAAAGAGAAGAGCGGGAGGAGCUCUCGGUCUCGCGCAGCGGCUGCCAUGGCGUGAAGGCAGGGAGGCUCUUGCUGUGCCUGUGUCCGAGAGACGCGCCGCGGCUGCCUCUGAGCACGCGGUCCCGCCAUGGCAAACGGCAUCGAACCCGUUGCUUGAGGAAGCGAGACGAGACGGCCCCGCUCGCUCCUCUCCUGACGCGUUUCGCGCGUCCCCGGUCGGCUCAUCCUCGCCAGGGCGUUGCGCCUCGUCCUUGCGAGACACGAGAGCGCCUCGCGCUUUUCCCGCCCGCCUCGAGCGACUCUCUCCGCCUUUCUUGUUUCUUCUCCUUUGCCUCGUCCAGUGUCUCUCCUUCGCGGCCGUCGAUGCACGCCUCGUGGUCAUCUAUCCGGACACGCUGGCCACUUACCCGCCCAUCCUCGAGACGUACUUUGCGCCGUGGUCGGCAAACUUCACUUCGGUCUCGGGGCGAUUGCGAUACUUUGCCAAGACGUGCGAUUUGGAGCACUACUUUUACCGUGACGUCUCCGAACUCGAGGCCGAUCCAGCGUCGGUCUUCAAGGGACUCCACGCUCUCCACUUCUUCCAGCCCGACCGGGUCUCGACGUCCCUGUCGCGCCUCGCCCCCAGUGGCAGCUUGCGCGGCGACUCCCGCGGCGAGGACGCGGACCUCAUGCGUGGAGCGUUUCGUCGCCUGCAGGAAACGUUCCUGCCUCAGACUCUGUCACUCCCGUGGGGGUGGAUCAGCCCUCAAGAGACCGAUCUGCCGCCUGCGCCAGGCCGGUCCGCAGCGGUGCGCGAUCGCCAGGCACCGUGGGCAAGAAACACAACGGGGGAGGGCGUCUCCGCGGCGGAUGGUGUGUCUGUGUCAGACAGCAGGCCCCGAGAAGAAGUCUCACCUUCCCAGGAACGGGAAGACUCUGUCGCCCGCGUCUCUCGUCCUCAAUCUGAUCGUAGACCUCCGGCUGAAAGACCCGGUGACACGGGGAAACGAGACGCACGUCCCUCAGCAUUUUCCGGAGCAGACAGUCACACGUCCCACUCUCUCUCUCCUCCGUUUUCCUCUUCAUCGGCCUGUCCAGGAUGUGCGGAGAGAGAGCCGUCCGGGAAGGCUGCCGCGUUGAUCUCUCAGUGGGCGCGUCCGGCGUUGUCUUUUCUUGGCGACGUGUCCACGUCCACGCCGCUGUCCUCUCACCUUCCUGCAGCUCACCACGUCCUCGCUCGACGCGGGGUCUUUUCCUGGGGGCCGCUGGACGACGCCGGUGUCGCGGAAUCUCCCGCGCGCGCGGCGUCUCUUCCCUCCCAUCCUGCGCUUCUUCUCGCGAUGGAUUCGAGCACGCCUUCGUUCCUGCUGCCUCAGAGCAGCCACCGGCCGCCUUCCGCGGCGCGAGCGACUGCGGAGAGGAAGAUGUCUCAAAGACAGGCUGAAAGAGAAGAGAAGAGGCAGGGGGAAGGAGGAGAGCGUUCGCGCGUUUCUCCGCUCUGGGCGUCUCUCUUUGAUGCGCUAGGCGGGUCUCCGUCGUCCUCCGAUUCGCAGGUCAGUUCCGCUCCGGGAGGAGCGCCUGCGCUCGAGGUAGCGGCUUCCACGAGUGCGGCGCUUUCGCGAGGGCUCGCCUGGCUCUUUGGCCCUUCCUCGGCAGAGAGCGCUGCGGACGCGUCUGUCUCGAAUCUGGAGACGCCCGCUGGGCGUUCGCUCUUUUCGUCUUCCGCCGCGCGCCCGCCCGUGCUGACGCAGGCGUCGCUCGACGUCCCCGAGGGCGGCGCUUCGCCGACCGCGUCAGAGUUUCCAGAUUUCCCAGGGGCGACUGGAGAGGUAAACGCCGAUCCGGCGUCGCCCGCGCCCUCGCCCGAAGGCGACACCGCGGUGCGCGUCGAGUUCGGCCAGGUGCUCUGGUUUUUCGAUCAGUGCAACAACCCGGAGGACGUGGAGCGGCUCGUGCAUGCAGCCAACAUGAACGGGGUGGCGGCGCUGAUCUUCACAAACACGACGUUUUCCAACUCCACGGAGAAGCAGUCUUCGCUGGCUUCUCGAGACUGGUGGAAGAAGCUGGUGACCUCGGCGCCCGGCGCCCCACAACCGCUCAUGCCAGUCCUGUCUGUCUCCGACACGCGGCUGAGCCGAGAAAUCAAAGAGCGCCUGCGAACAGGAGACACCGUCGAAGUCGACAUCGACAUGCUACCCGCCGACUACGUGAACUGCGCUGUCCUGCAACCCGUCAAGUGGGCGUCUCUUCUCUUCAUUCCGCUCUGGGGCGCCGUCACACUCGUCUGGUACACGCUGUGCAACUACGUCCAAGCGUACGACGUGAGUCCUCUACACCGCCUGCUGCUGUUGCCGCCGCUCCUCAAAACCAUGUUCAUGGUGACGGCUUUCGGGUUCUACGCGCAGUGCCCCAACUACUUGGGCUCCUCCACCCAGUACAUCAUGAUGGCGUACAUGGGCCUCAACACAAUCUUCAACACCAUCUUCUACGGCGUUCUCCUCCUCCUCGCAAAGGGAUUCAUGGUCACGCGAGAAGCCUUCGGACGCAAAGAAAGCCUCUCUCUUGCCGUGCUGGUUAGCUUAGUUUACAUCGUAACGUCGGUCAACCAGGUUGAAGAGGCGGAGACCCUUCCCGCUCUUCUUCUCCUCUACGUGGCGCUCAUGAUAACGGUCCUCAUGUCUGCGGCGCGCAACGUUCGGCACCUCGAGCUCCGGUUGGCCUACGUCCGGCUAGUUCAAGUGCAAGACUGGGAAGAAGCACUGAAUGUGAAGCUGAAGAUGUUUCGGAGUCUCUACCGUUUCUCGACCGCCUUCUUUCUCCUCCAAAUCAUCCAGAAACUUUCUCUGUUUGAAGUUUUCGAUCGCCAAGACCUCUCGGAAAUCGCAGGCAGCGCACUGGAGUGGAUCUUCUUCAUCGGCGUGGCUGCCGUCUUCAGACCUCGAGAGGAAAUUCGCUACUUCUCCCUCAUGCAGCGUACUCCCGAGACGCACACAAUCCUCCCCAUGUAUGCGGCGGGGCCGUACGUGGCCCGAGGCGCCGAAGGCGAGGAUAGUCUGUUUGAAGGCGACUCGUCUGCGUCGCUGCUUCCCUCGGAGGCUAAUCAGCCGCCACCAAGUGUAUGGACGCGCUUGAAGGCGGCCUGUUGUAGCAUCUUUGGCGGUCCCUCGCCUGGACUCGCCGGCGAGCGGGAGACUUUAAGGCGGAGUUCGGAGGACGGAGACGCUGACGGCGUGGCAGUUGACUCUCUUCCCUUUCGAGGUGGAGACGGAAGGCCACGCGGCGGCAGCCCCAUUGUCAUUCUGAAUCCUGCGGCAGACGAAGAGGAACCGACUGGUUAUUUAUCGCUGCACAAUCUCGCUGUCGGUACUCUGGUGCCCACGCCCAGGAAAUACUCUCCAGACAGAAAAACAAGUCUGCUCAGCACCGCUUUGGGGCAAAACCCAUUCGGAAGGGCGACCCGCCCCAUCCCCUCUCAACAGAGUAGGGAGUUGCGGCCGCCUUCCCCGACUCCGAACGACAACUCGACGCCGCCGGAACCGAGCGCGGAGCCCCUUCCCUAA